AUGGAUGAAAGUGUUCAUUCUAAGGGUUCUGCUUCUGAAGAUGAACCUUUAGUACCCGAUGAUUUUGAUGAACAAUUUUAUAAGGAUUUAUUAAAUAAAAUACCAGAGAUCACCAAAGUUCUGCGUCAAAAAGAUUCUCAACAAAAUGCCGAUAACGUGCAACGUUUAAUGAUUUGCAGUAAUCGUUUUAAAUGUAAUUUAAAAUUGGAGAAAUCAAAAUGUGAAGAUUUAGACCAGGAGUUGAGUAAAUUAAGGAGUCAAUUGUCUGAUGCUCACAAAAUGACUCAAUUGGAUCAGGAUACAAUUGCUCAAUUGAGAGAAGUUAUAGAGAGUGCCUGGCGUCAAAAAGAUGCUGCUCACAUACGCGAACAAACAGCCCAAGACGAAUUGGUCAAACUUAAGGAAACGGUAGAAGAGCAGUUGCAUACGAUUAAGUCUUUAAGUGAUACUCGAGCCAGUUUAAAACACCGGCGAGAUGAAAAUAAAGAGAAAGAGAAUCUUAAAGCUGAAAUACGAGAUCUUAAUAAACGUCUGCAAAUGCAACGUAAUUAUACCACCGAAUUAGAGACCAUGAAUCAAACUCUAGAGGAGAAAAAUAAAAACUUAAUUAAAGUUUUAGAUGAAACUUCUACCGAGGCUUUCAAUAGUAAAAAACGCAUAGAUACCCUAACAAAAGACUUAAAUCAAUUGAAAUCCGAUGAAUUGAAAUAUACCGAACAGAUUUCUCUCUUGAAGCAGCAAUACGAAAAAUUAACCAAAAUGAAAGUAAGACAAAAUCUACAGAUAUUAUCUUUGAAAACCAAUAUGGAACAUUUGAAUACCCAACACAAUGCCACCUGCAAUAAAUUAGCCAAAAUAACAGUGGACCUGGAAUAUGCUGCACAAGAGAGAGAUAAAAAUAAAAGAGAUUUAACGCAAAAAUUAAAUAUAUUAAAGAUAAGAGAAGAUGAAAUUAUAAAAUGGAAACAGGAGAAUGCCAAAUUGGCCAAACUACAGGAUAGUGCCUCCAGGAAAUACUGUACUUUGGAAGAAACUCGCAAAGAGUUUGAACAAGAGAAUUUAAGACUAAAGACCCAGCUAAAUACCCAGGAUAAAGAAUUUGAAGCCAUGCGCCGUGUGGUGCAACAAUAUGAGAGGAACAAUAAUAAUCUUAUUAAGGAAAGAGAUGCCUUAAAAAGUGACUUUCUGCUAGAGCAAAAACAAACUGAAGAGCUAAGACAAGUGAUACAGGAGACACAACAUGAAAUACGUUCCCUUAAAGACUCACUACUCUUAGAAGAGAGAAAAUAUAAAAAACUAAAAGAGGAGAUAACGCAAAUUAAUAUGGAGAAAAACAAAAAACUAGAUGAUAUACAAAAUUUACUAGACAAAAUGGACGCAUUGCAAAACAAAAUCCAUUUAAAGGAAUCUUAUGAAUUGGAACUAAAACGCACUAUUAGUGAUCUGGAAUCCCAAUAUGCCAAAUUGAAGACACAACACGAUGUCAUCAUUAAUGAAAGCAAUGCACAUCUGCGCACUAUACAAACUUUAAAUGAAGACAAAAUCAAAUUGAAAUUUUCCAUUGAGAAUCUACAAACCAGCAUUGAAACUCUCAAAGGCAAAGUUAGCUAUAGAGAUGGUGAAAUUGGCAAAUUACAACUACAAAUCGAUAAAAUGGAAAAAGAACGUAGAUUGCUCAAAAAUGAUCUACGCAAUGCCCAACUUAGCCAACAGCAAACAAAAGCUGAACUGUAUGAGAAACGUAAAGAGAAUGACACCUUUUGCAAGGCUCAGCAGGAUGAAGAGAAAAAAAUGCAAAGCCUCAAGAGAGAUCUAGACAACAUGAUCAAUGAGAAAAACUCCGUGUGUUCUGCACUCACCAAAAAGGAAGAACAAUAUAAUCAACUCAAGGUGGAAUUGGAAAAUUUACAAAGAUCCCAUGAUCAGCUGCAAGCUGAAUUCUCUCAAAAUCGGGAUGAUAUGAAACUAAUGAGAACUGAAAUAAAAAAUCUAGUAACCGAGAGAAAUGUAUUGCGUAAGGAUCGUGAAAAUGCAGCCGAUUUAAGACAUGAAAUGCUACAAAUGCAUAGAAUGUUAAAUCAGGAAAGAAUUAAGGCACGGGCUUUGCAGGAGGAAAUGAUGACGCCCAUGAAUAUACACCGUUGGCGUAAUUUAAGGGGAAAGGAUCCAGAGAAAAGUGAUCUUAUAAAUAGAAUACAAAUGUUAAGAAAACAACUGUUAAAUUACAAUGUUGCCAGUUUGGAGCAGGAAAGAGCUUUAAAAGAAUCGCAAAGGCUAUAUAAUACCUUAAAGGAGUUUAUUGUUAAGUUACCCAGUAUUAAAAUCAAGGCUGAAUUAAAUGAAGUUAAGGCCACCCUUACACGCAAAAAUCGCAAACUUAAAGCUCUCAAAGCCGAAAUUGUCACCAAAUCUAUUGAGGAGAAAUCGAAUGCUAUUGAAGUUCAAGAUUUGAAAACAAAUCUUUGCAAAGUCAAGAAUCAAUUGCUGCAAGAGCGUAAAACAAAACAAAGACUUUUAGAGGAGAGACAAGCCAUUAUGCAAAUGCAGGUUCAAUGUCUGUCAGCACCACCUCAGCUACAGGUCACUUUUAAUAAUACCAUAAAAACCUCAAAUGGAAUUUAAUUUUAAUGAAAAAUAAAACAUAUUUUUAUUAAAAAAACCUUG